AUGGGACAUAAACAAUCGAUUAAAUCACAUGUCACAAUGGAUGAGUUGGCGUUUGGUAUGCGUCCAAAUGCCGCACAAACUGACGAAGUUAUUGAGGUAACACAAAGAAUACCUGAAAAACUCUUUGGUUCUAAAAGGAUUGAAGAUGAUCCAUCAAUACAACAAAUGCAACACGAACUUUUAUCAUUUGAUGAUACACUUCGACGACUUUUUCGACGAAAAAGAAAAAACCAAUCAAAGAAACAAGAUUCUUCAUAUGAGUCUUAUGAAGACAGACAAUAUGAUGCUGAAAACCAAGAAUAUUAUGAUCCGUAUAGACAAUAUUAUGCUGAAAAUCAAGAAUAUUAUGAUCCAUAUAGACAAUUUUAUGCUGAAAAUCAAGAAUAUCUAGACAGAAAUCAAGAAUACUAUGCUGAAAAUCAAGAAUAUCUUCAUGGAAAUCAAGAAUAUUUUGAUAGAAAUCUAGAAUUAAUACAUGAAGAAGAUGAAGAUAAUCUUUCAUCUAGUUCUGCCAAUGAUAAGAAACAAAUACUAAAUAGAGAUACCGAAAAUGGUCUUUCAUGGCGAUGCAAAUAUUGUACUGAAAAAAACAAAUCAAGUGAUGUUGAUUGUCGUCACUGUAAACAAAGUAGAACAAAUUUUUAA